AUCUGGUCUGCUGCCAGACCCUCCUCUUUUAGCUUCGUCGAUCCACAUUUAAAACUGACUCGGGAUCGUUUUCAGGAAAACCCCUUUUUUGACACCACCUUCAAAUCGAAAGCGUUUGUUGCUGUUCUCGGAUUUGUUUUUUACUUGUGUUAAUGUUGAUUAUUGUGUCAAUGUCGUUUCUUUUCGUGAAAAAGUUUGACGUUUACAUGUUUGCGGACACAGUUUUCGUUUGCCUGUGUUUAAUGAUUGCGAACGGUGUGUUUGGUGUUGAUGCAGAUGAAGUGAAGUCAGUGUCAGUGAUGGAGGGAGAUUCUGUCACUCUUCACACUAAUCUUACUCACAUACAGAGAGACGAUCUGAUACUGUGGACGUUUGGACCUCAAGAGACUCGUAUAGCUGAAAUACAUGGUUUUGACAUCAUCUAUGGAGAUGAAUUUGAGACCAGAUUUUGGGUGAACAGGUAUACUGGAUCUCUCACCAUAUCAAACAUCACAAUCACAAACUCUGAACUGUAUCAACUAAAGAUCCGCAGUUACAGAGGAGAUUCAGACAAGAUAUUCAGAGUUGCUGUCAAUACUGUCUAUGAUCAUCUGCCAGAUCCUGUCAUCACUAGUUACUGUUCACAGGAUCCUCCAUUAUCAUUAUCAUCUUUUAACUCCAAAUGUGUGUUAUUGUGUUCAGUGAUGAAUGUGACACAUGUGAGUCUCUCCUGGUACAAAGGAAACAGUUUAUUGUCCAGCAUCAGUGUGUCUGAUCUCAACAUCAGACUCUCUAUACCUCUGGAGGUGGAAUAUCAUCAUACAAACACAUACAGAUGUGUUAUCAACAAUCCCAUCACAAAACACACACAACAACUAGACAUCAAUGAUGUCUGUCAGCCGUGUUCAAAACUCCGGUAUAUACUGCUGAUAGCUGCUGGUUCUGUGGGGCUGCUGCUGAUUGUACUUGUUAUCACAUGCGUGUGUUGCUGUUUCUACAAAAAGAAAAGCAACCAGGCAAACAGGUCGGAGCAACGUGAUUCGCCCCUCAUCCUCCCCACCACCACCAGGAGGUCCCUGUGAAUAUAACCCCAAGGGUGUUGGCUACGCCCCCGCCUUCCCAUCUCAAGGCGGGAAGUAGAGGACUUCUUGGCCCUCUGGAUGCGAGCCACGGACAGGGCCUACUCCAAAGAACUGUUACCAUCUUAUUAUAUCCAUAUAUAUUCUGUCUAUCAGCUGUCAAAUAAAUGUUGUAUACUCAA